CGGAUCUCUUCCAUUUCCCCUCUCACUCGGCCCCGAGCUGCGCCACGAACGGCAGCAGCUCCUGCUCCGCCCGAGCCGCCUGACCGCCGGGCCGGGGUGCUAACCGCGGAGCCCUCCAGCCCGCCGGCCCGGCCAGCCCAGCCCAGCCCGGCGGCCCGCAGCCCCGCCGCCCGCCGCCCCCCGCCGCUGCCGCGUUGCCAAAACAAACGGGCCGGCCUAUUUAUUGGCGGCCGGCGAGCCGGGCAGCUCACAGUCGAGGCGCCGAGGGGGACAGCGCACCGCCACCAGCCUGGGCCCCGGGCCCCUGCCCCGCACCUGAGUCCCACCGGCCGUGCGCCGCGCCCCGCCGCCCAUGGCGCCCCAGCCAGGAGCCCUCCGGAGCCACCCGGACGUCUGAGUUCCCCCCAGCAGAGCGCGCCCGUCGACCCGCCUACCCAUUAGCCCUCUUAGGCGCUCGAGCCCCCCGUCGCUUUCCCGGGCUCUUUCCGGCCAUGUCUCCCGCCCGGCUCCGGCCCCGGCCCCGAUUGCGGUUCUGCCUUCUCCUGCUGCUGCUGCUGGUGCCGGCGGCGCGGGGCUGCGGGCCGGGCCGGGUGGUGGGUAGCCGCCGGCGGCCGCCGCGCAAACUUGUGCCACUCGCUUACAAGCAGUUCAGCCCCAACGUGCCUGAGAAGACGCUGGGCGCCAGCGGUCGCUAUGAAGGCAAGAUCGCGCGCAGCUCGGAGCGCUUCAAGGAGCUCACUCCCAAUUACAACCCCGACAUCAUCUUCAAAGACGAGGAAAACACCGGCGCCGACCGCCUCAUGACCCAGCGCUGCAAGGACCGCCUGAAUUCACUGGCCAUCUCAGUGAUGAACCAGUGGCCUGGCGUGAAAUUGCGGGUGACAGAAGGCUGGGACGAGGAUGGCCACCACUCGGAGGAGUCCUUGCAUUACGAGGGCCGCGCCGUGGACAUCACCACGUCGGACCGCGACCGCAAUAAGUACGGACUGCUUGCGCGCUUGGCGGUGGAGGCCGGCUUCGAUUGGGUGUAUUACGAAUCCAAGGCCCACGUGCAUUGCUCGGUCAAGUCCGAGCACUCAGCAGCUGCCAAAACCGGUGGCUGCUUCCCAGCUGGAGCACAAGUGCGCCUAGAGAGUGGGGCUCGUGUGGCCUUGUCUGCCGUGAGGCCCGGGGACCGGGUACUAGCCAUGGGGGAGGAUGGAAAUCCCACCUUCAGCGAUGUGCUCAUCUUCCUGGACCGUGAGCCAGACAGGCUGAGGGCCUUCCAGGUCAUCGAGACCCAGGACCCUCCACGGCGCCUGGAGCUCACCCCUGCGCAUCUGCUCUUCACCGCUGACAAUCACACAGAGACGGCGGCCCAAUUCCGGGCCACGUUUGCCAGCCACGUGCAACCUGGCCAGUAUGUGCUGGUGGCCGGAGUGCCCGGCCUGCAGCCUGCCAAGGUGGCCUCUGUCUCCACACAUGUGGCCCUCGGGGCUUAUGCCCCGCUCACGAGGCAUGGGACGCUAGUGGUAGAAGAUGUGGUGGCUUCCUGCUUCGCGGCUGUGGCAGACCACCGCUUGGCUCAGCUGGCCUUCUGGCCCCUGCGACUGUUCCACAGCUUGGCAUGGGGGAGCUGGACCUUGGGGGAGGGUGUGCACUGGUAUCCUCAGCUGCUCUACCGCCUGGGACGCCUCCUGCUGGAAGACGGCAGCUUCCACCCACUGGGCAUGUCCGGGGUCGGGAGUUGAAAGGACCCCAGUCCUCCACUCUGGAACUGCAGUGCUGGGUGCAAAAACCUUCCUUGCCAGGGGAGCCCUGGCUCUAAAAGAGACCCCGCUGGGGGCACUGGUCUCUGCCACCUCCUGCCUCAUUGAGACUGGACACUGCCAGUAUCCCUGCCCCCACCAGGGUGCAGCCAUGGAGCUGGUAUGGGGUGGGGGAGGGGUCUGCCUAGUAUACACACCUGGAGGCUGGCACAGGGGUUCACUCAGCCAUCAGUUCUUGUUCUGGUUUUCUAUACCCCACCUCUCUCUGUGGGAAGGACUACAUCAUAUAUGUGUUGGGGACUAUUUUCUCUGGUUUCCUUUGGGGACUAGUGUCUGCCUCUUCACUAUUGGUGAUGGACCGCACGCAGGAGGAAGAGGUGCUGCCCUCCCAUGGACUUGCCCCUCACUUGUUGCUGCUAGAUGCCCUGGACCCAGCAGGGAGCUGUCUGGACUCACAGUCACCCAGAACCAAGGUGGCCCACAGAGGGCAGGCAGCCCUCCUGGCCAUCUCUGGGAUGGGGCGUGGCCUUCCUGCCUGGCUACACUCCUCCCAGCACCACCUGAGACAGUCUCUGGCAGUGUGCUGUGUUCUGGCCAGCAUGACCAAAGUGGCUGCAGAAGGGGCUGGGGCUGCACCCCUUCCCAGGCUAAGCUCCCUCUUCUGCUGAACCAUGCUCCUCACCCCCACCUCCAGCCAGUCUCUCCCCCCCCACCUUAUUUAUUGGCAUGGAGGGAGGAAGCCCAUGGGGAAAACUUGGGGGGAGAUGUAUUGGUCUUUUGUUUUCUUCCUUUUGUAAUAAAAGUUAUUUAAGUUGGUAGA